AUGAUAUUCUUCACAUUGCUCUACCUUUUCACUAUCAAAUUGAUCAAUGCAGAAAAGAAUCCAAUCUUUGAGUUAACGGAAAGCGAUCCGGCUUUUGCGUUUCACGGUGUUCGUUUGAAUCAAGCUGAGACAAUCACGAUCAAAACAUCGGUUGCAUCAAAUUUUGAGAUCAUCUAUUCACAAGCUGGUUGCACAAAUCACAAUAAAGGAAUGUGUGACGAUACAAUUCCAUUUAACAUCUCUCUCGCUGAUUCUCUACUCAUUGGCACCGAUUCUCGCAAUUGCUCUGAUUUAUCAACCUCUGAAAUUCUCGUUACACUAUACAUUUGGGUCUACAAUGUGGAUCAAAGAACGGAGUUAACUUUCAAUAAAACAUCGAGCGAAUCAAUUUUUGAGUUUGCUGUUUCAAUCCGAGUACGGGAAUGGAUUGAUGAAUCAAUGUCACUUUUGUUGAUUCCUGGUAUUCAAGGAGGCAAUCACAAGAACUCAAUAGGAAUUAUUGUUCUGGAGACUGAAAUUGUAACAGUUGUGGCAAAUCCGAAUACGUAUGAGUGGGUUUUGACUUUGGCUGAGAAUUUGGAUAAGUUCAAUUUCUGGACUCCUUAUUACUAUCCAUGGAUCUUCGACCAACAAUUACAAGUGGAGAUGCUCCGGAAAACUGGGAAAACAGCACAAACAUUCAUUGCAGUUCAAACAAAGACAAGUCGAACCUCAAGAGAAAUACAGUUAGAGAUAGUGAAGAUUGAUGGAAUCACUCUUUAUUUGACUGCUCAUCCGACAAACGAUGGGGAUUUUGAGUGCGGAAAAGUAAACACUUUCUAUAAAAGCUAUUCCACCGAGAAGGCCACUGUUCCAAUAGUCCCGCCUGCAGAAACCUUUGAAGCCUACUGUCUAAAUAUUACCUGGACUUUCAACUCAUCGCUUUUUGAAUCAACUUCACCAAUUGGUUUUAUGUUGAAGCUAACAGCGAAACCUUUGAUACGGACAUUUGAACUAACAAAAAGAACUCCCUCGUUUGCCAUCCAUGGAGAUAGACUAAUGCAAUUUGAGCAAAUCGAAAUAACAUACCAUAACUGUACUGGAGUGAUUGUUGAUUGGACAAUCGAUGAAUGUCAACAACCUAAUGGCACCUUGUGUCUUGAUCCAAGCCCUUUCAAAGUCGAUGGCUCAAUAUGGGACAUGCCUGAAUUGUUCCUGAGUCUAAAGGAAAAUAGUGAUCGGGUAGAAUGGGCUUCACAAGUCGAUCACCAGAUAAAGGGAGUCUUUUGGACGAAUUUCUUACCACAACCGGCAGAAGGUGAUUUUGGAAGUGUGACGCUGAGUUCAUCGCAGAAUUAUGGAAGAUCUGUGACUUACGCCGUCUCAGUUCGAGUCCCAGAUUGGAUUAAAGAAACAAAAAAAGUCUUGCUGAUUCCGGGAAUGAGCACUGGAAACGAAAAGCGCAACACCAUCGACGACCCUUUAACAAACGCAACGAAAUUCGACUACCUAAUCGUGAAGGGAAAUGUCACCGCAACAAUUAUUCCACAUCCGGAUAACUAUGCUUGGUACGGUCCAUGGUCGAUAAUGCGGUCAAUCAACAGAGUACCGCCUUUCUCACCACAGAAAAAUUGUCAAGCUUUCAAGGAUAGUCAAACUUUAAGUCCAAAUUGUCCGGAUAAAACAAUUUUUGAAAGCUAUGCGGGUGCGGAACCUGGACUGGACAGAUUGGACGAGCAUCGCCUUGCUAGUGGAAGCUUCACACCAACUUCUGACAUGGUGGAGUUCACCUUUCGGGGAAACUGCAUUGCUUCAUCUUUUUGCCCCGACUUGUCUCUUAACGAAUCUCUUGGAUUUAUGCUGAAAAUCACCGAAGAACCUCGAACAUUCCAACUUGAUUUGCAGACUCCAUCUUUUGCAAUUCACGGGGCUCGAUUGAGUACAUUCUUUGCGAUUGAAAUUUCAACAAAUGUGAGCGUCAACUUUCUGAUCGAUAUCACACAAAAUGAUUGCAAGAAUAAGAGAGAUAAUGCUGGCGAGGAAAUUUGCGAUGAUUUGCUUCCAAUUUUGAUUGACGAUGACUCUUUAGCCCCGUUUGGAUCGAUAGCCGAUAAUGGUACUUUUGGAUACUUUUACAAAUCACAGCACAAACUCGAGCAUAAACUUGUCUUUCUCAUUCGUCAUAACCCUGAUGUGGACUUUCUUGAGUAUGGUAUCUCGAUUCGGGUUGAGGAAUGGAUUAACGAAAACAAAAGUGUGCUUGUCAUUCCGGGAAUUGAGAAUCAAGGCGAUGAUUUCUAUAUUAUGAUUCAAGAAGAUGUAAUAGCAACUGUUGUUGACAGUCCUACUACUGAUAAUGCCGAGAAUUUCUUGCUGUAUUCAACAUCAACGGCAGCCAGCGUUUUUUCAAAUGAUCAAUGCUCUUUUUGUCUCCAUUUUGAUACAAGGAAACCAGAACAAUCCUAUCAAGGUGUAAGCUAUUUGAAUAUUGAACGAUUCUCGAUUUUGACUCCUCCAUUCUUUCCAUGGAUACAUGACACUUCAGAAAAGAUUGGAUACUUUCAGAAUAGCCAAUUUAUAAUUGCUGGCGAAUUAUCGAACCAGACGACCGACAUGUCCUACUUCAAAGCCAGAAUAAAACGAUUGCAAGGGGUCACAGUGACGAUGUUUGCCUAUUCAGAGCUUCAUUGUCUAGCCGACAAUGACAAUGAUGAGACUUUUCACGAAAGUGUAAACUCAAAACAAGCACCAGAAUGGUCUUUUCAAGCAAAAUGCAUUCGGCUAUCCUGGGAACCAAACAAAACCUACGAUGAGGAGACUGGCUUUCUUAUAGAGAUUCAAGAAGUUGAAAAAGAAAAAGAAAAGGCGAAAGGCAAAUCAUUGGCAUGGAUUUGGAUUGCAAGUGUUGUAACUGGCAUUAUUUGCACGAUUAUUUGUAUCGUUGGCUACAAAACAAGGUUAUUCAUUCGUCUAUUCCGUUCAAAAGAUGCUAAACGAGACGAGAAAUUCGGAGUCUUCAUGAAUAUCUACAGAAAAGCUAAAAGCAUCGAUCGGAAUCAAUCGAAAUGGGAAAUCGAUCCAUCAUCACUCGUCGUCACAUCGAAAAAGCUUGGUUCUGGAUCGUUUGCCGUCGUCUAUGAAGGCUCAAUCCCAAGUCCUCAAUCAAAACAGAGACUCGAG